GUCGAACGUGUCUCAUCGUUGUGACAGAACAGGGACCAUCGUCAGUGUAAGUAAUGCGAAUACGAGGUUUCACCUGCAGCCAAAGUCCAGAUCGCGUCCCGGAACCAUUCCAUGAGCAAAACAAACCCCAGAGUGGUGUGCUGCCUGUCGACUAGUUCUUUUCAGGUUUUUUUUUGAUCCUCAAUCAAUUCCCCCUCCUUGCCCAUCAUCUGCGGGUUUCCUCCACGUAGGGGACAGAACUUUCAGGACGAUGGACUUCCUUCCCAGUCUCAUCGAUCGGGCGCUGGCUACUGCCCACAUGGACGCUGUGGAUGUCCUUCGAGCCUUCUUCCUCUUUGCAUCGUGUACGAUCCUGUCGGUCAGCCUGUUGGACUCCCUUCGUUCGCGCUUCGUCCCUUAUGGCGCUCGUGCAACCGUGACGGUCGAGUCGGAUUCUACCCCGUCUAAGCCUUCGAGCAGCUCCCCGAUAACUCACAUUCUCGACCAUCUUGCCUCCUUGAAAGUUCCACACAGCUAUUUCACACAGUUCUACGUCGUCUCCCUGCUAUCCUCAAUCUUCUGGGCCCUUCAGCUUGUGUGCCAUGGACAAGCGUUCCAAGCCAUCGCGACGAGGGUUCACUCAGAGCACCUACAGAGGACGAUGUCGAUAAACCAGGUUAUGUUGUGUUGGGUACUGAUGCUGGCGCAAGGUGUAAGACGGUUACAUGAGUCCUUCGCCUUUUCCAAGCCUUCUUCUUCCCAGAUGUGGUUUGCCCACUGGCUAGCAGGCAUUGCCUUCUAUCUGGCAGUCUCAAUCGCCCUCUGGAUUGAGGGGACAGAAACGCUACUGUCCCAUAGAUGGAGCCGCGACGAUGUAACAGUGAACAACGCCCCAAGCCUUCGUACAUUUCUCUGCUUGCCAAUCUUUCUGUUUGCAUCUGGCCUGCAACAUGACGCCCAUCACUAUCUUUUCUCUCUCAAGAAGUACACUCUUCCCUCUCACCCUAUGUUCCGCAGCAUCGUAUGUCCACACUACACAGCUGAAUGUGCGAUCUACCUAUCAUUGGCUCUGCUUGCCGCUCCCCGGGGAGAGAUGAUCAACAAAACUGUUUUGUCGGCUGUCGUCUUUGUCACGGUCAAUUUAGGCGUCACUGCAUCUGAGACCAAACGCUGGUACAUGCAGAAAUUCGGCGAUAACUCGGUGCGGGAAAGGUGGAAUAUGAUACCAUGGGUAUACUAAUGCUGUAGUAUUGAGACAUUUGUGGGGCAGC